AUGGCGUUGUGGAAUCCUGAUGAGGCGGGGGCAGCCGCCGAGUACCUCCGACUGGACGAGAAGAGACUGCUAGAAAUCAGAUCUCAGGAGUUUGCUGGACGAUCGGCUGUUUGGGUUCCUAGCAAAGAGUUUGGAUAUGUGAAAGCUACUUUGCUUGACGAAAAAGCGACCAAGGAUGGAUGCAAAGUUGUUCAAAUUAAUGGAGGGGACAAAAAGGAAGUCAAAGAAGAGAACAUCGAGCCACAGAACCCUCCAAAAUAUGAACUUGGAGAAGAUAUGGCCAAUUUGACCUAUUUGUCAGAGGCUUCAGUUGUUUAUAAUUUGGGCGAGCGAUACAAGCUCUUCCUCAUUUACACUUAUUCGGGUCUUUUCUGUGUCACCGUCAACCCCUACAAAAUGCUCCCCGUGUAUGCUGAUUAUGUCGUCCCAUGCUAUCGUGGAAAAAGAAAGACGGAAAUGCCUCCUCAUUUGUGGUCCGUUGCCGACAAUGCUUACAGCGACAUGUUGAUCAACAGAAAGAAUCAGUCCAUGCUGAUCACUGGUGAGUCCGGUGCUGGUAAAACUGUCAACACGAAGCGAGUCAUCCAGUACUUUGCCGCUGUCGCUGCUUCAGGCGGUCCUGGUGCCGAGAAAGUUGAACUCAAAGGAGGCGGAACUCUUGAAGAUCAGAUUGUCGCUGCUAACCCAGCCAUGGAAGCCUUUGAACCUACUGUCCGUGCUAUCUGGGAGUCCUAUGAAUCCCCCGAAGAUGCUGCCAAGAAUACUGGUGGUGCUAAAAAAGGUGGCAAGCGAAAGAAGGGUGGUUCUUUCCAGACUGUUUCUUCCAUUCAUCGCGAAGGUCUUAACCGAUUGAUGGUCAAUCUUCGAUCCACUGAUCCUCACUUUGUCCGAUGUAUUAUUCCCAACGAGCGAAAAUGCCCUGGAGAUAUGGACAACAACCUUGUUCUCCAUCAGCUUCGAUGUAACGGUGUCUUGGAAGGUAUUCGUAUCUGCCGUAAAGGUUUCCCAUCGCGAGUUAUCUACGAGGACUUCCGUCAGCGAUAUCGAAUCCUCGACCCCAACGUUGUUCCCGAACGAACUCCUGAUCCAAAGAAAGUCUGCGAGGACCUCAUGGGUGUUCUUGCCACUAAAACAUGGGAAGGCAUCGAUGCCAGCUUCCCAGAAAAGUACCGAUUUGGCCACACCAAACUUUUCUUCAAGGCCGGUAUGAUCGGUAUGCUUGAAGAUUGGCGUGACGACAAGAUCUCUGCGAUUUUGACUGCACUUCAGACUUAUAUGCGAGCCAAACUUGCGAAGGCAAAGUUCCAGAAAAUCAGAAAGGAGCGAGACGCAGCUGAAGUUAUCCAGGCUAACUGGAGAUCAUUCAUGCGCUUGAAGACCGACAAGUGGAUGGACAUCAUCUACAAGAUCAAACCACUGGUCGAGCAGCACGACAAUGCUAAGGAAAUGAAGGAGAUGGCUGAGGACUAUAAGAAAAAUAAGGAGGCUCUCGAAAAGGAAACCGCGCAGAGAGAAGAGCUUCAAAAGAAACUUGGAAAAAUCACCAACGAGCGAAACGAUCUCAGAGCUGAACUCGACACUAUUCAAGAUGUUCUUGACGAAGCUGAAUUCAGAGCUGAAAAGCUCCAGGAAGCAAAACUCAUCAUGGAGCAAAAGAUCUCUGAAAUGAAGGAAAACUUUGAAGGAAACACAAAUAUGGUCGAAGAAAUGCAGGAAGAGCGAGAUAAUCUCAAAAACACGAUUGCUGGCCUCCAAGAGGACCUGAAAAAGCAAACUGAGAUUGUCGAGCGAAUGAAGGGCGAGCGCAAGCAGCUUGAAAAACAGAUGUCGAAUUUGGAGGAAGAUAUCCAGCAAUUCAAGGAAUCUAUGGUCAAGAUGAACAUGGAGAAAGAAAAGAACCUUUCUGAGCAGGAACUCAUCAACGCUGAUCUUCAGUCUCUCGAGGAGAAAUGCUCGAAUUUGUCCUUGAACAAGCAGAAUCUCGAGGAGAAGAUCCACGAGACUCUUAUCAAGCUUGACUCCGAAACUAAGGCCCGAGAAAACUUGUGGGCUCUUAAAACUCGACUAGAGACGGACUUGCGACAGAAAACUGAACAGCUCCUCGACGCCCAAAAACUUCAAGCUACGACAGCUGAUGGCCUCAGCCGACAUAAGUUUGACUACGAGCAAACUGCUACUCGACUCGAAGAUGAGCAGGCUCAGGUCGCUAACCUCCAGAAAAAGAUUAAAGAACUCCAGGAUGCUAUUCAUCAGCUCGAGCAAGAAGUCGUUAGCGAGAGAGAUAUCUGUAAACGAGCUAACCGUGUUCGAGAUGAUGUCAAACAAGAUCUCUCUGAUGCUCUUGAACAGCUUCGAAUUGCCAAUGAGGAGAACUCUUCCAAGGCUGUUCUUCUUCGAGAAAAUCAGGAUGCUUUCAAUCGAUUAAAGAUCGAGCUCGAAGAGACUCGAUCCCAUCACGAGGUCUUUAUCCAAACUCUCAAACAGCGCCAGAACUUGGAGUCCGAAGAGGCUGCUCAAGAUCUUGACAUUAUCAAGGCUCAAAAGGCUCGACUAGAAUCUGAACGAAAUGAGGCCCAAAAGGGUAUCGAAAGCAUGACUCGCCAGGUUGAGUUGCUUACCAAGACCAAAGUCCACAACGAGCGACAAGUCAAGAAGUUGACCGAGGAGAAAAAGGACAACGAGAAGACUAUCCAGGAGCACGAGGAUACCAUUGAACUGAAGGUCAAAAUCAUCGAAAACCUUCAGGAUGAGGCCAAGACCGCGAGCAAAGAGUACAAAGAUCUCGACUAUGCUAUGCAACAAGUUACCCGACAGCUCAAUUCUCUCCAACAGAAUCACGACGAGCUCAACCGAUUGUACGAGCAAGAACAAGAUGCACGAGAAGCACUUGCUAAACAGCAUCGAGAAAUCAAAAAGGAUUACGAUUUCGUCCGUGAUCAGUACGAAGGUGAAGUCAAUGCUAAGUUGGAAAUGCAGAAGGCACUGUCCAAGUCCAACACUGAGCUUUCUGAAUGGCGUAUCAAGUACGAAGAAGAAGCUGUUGUGAAGAACAAGCAAUUGGAAGACGCUAACAAAGAGCUCUCUAAAGAAUUGCACGACCUCGGCGAUGAAAUGCUUGCUUCAAAAUCCAAGAUUACUCAAUUGGAACGAGUUAAAGCCCGAUUGGAAGGCGAUGUCUCUGAUAUGACCUCUGAUUUGGAAAUGAUCCAGCGAAAGUCCGCUUCUCUUGAGAAGAAACAGCGACACCACGACAUCAUCGUCAAGGAACACAAGCAAAAGGAAGCCGAAGCUAUGGAAUCCUGGGAGAAGGUUUCUGUUGAGAACCAUGACAUGAGCAACGAGAUCAAGCGACUUCGACGAGAUUUGGAUGAUACCCUUGCCUCUCUUGAUGAUCAGAAGCGACAGAACAAGUCUCUCACUGAUGAGAACCAGAACAUGGUUAAGCAAUUCCACGAGUCUCUCAAGUCCGUCGAAAAUGCAGAGAAAGAUAAGCGAAAUGCAUUUGUUGAGCGAGAUGAGCUUGCUCAGUUCCUUGAAGAAGCCGAAACUACCCAGGAAGCUCAGGAGAUUCAAAUCAAAAAGCUCACGCAGGAUCUUGAGGAUCAAAACAACCAUCACGAGCGACUUGUCAAGGAAAAGGCUGACGAAUUUGAAAAUUACCGAGUUAAUAUGACUAAAACUAUGGAAUCCAUGCAACAGGAUCUCGAUCGAGAAAUGACCAUGCGACAGGAAGCUGUCCGUGCCAAGACCAAGCUCGAAGCUGACUGCGCUGAUUUGGAAGUUCAGCUCACUCACGCUAACCACCAGUCCGAGCAGGCUAUCCGACUUCAGCGAGAGCUCAAGGGCCAAAACAAGCGACUUGGCGAGAAGCUAGAGCUCGCUGGCAAAGAAACUACGACGAUGGUCAAGGAACAAGGUGCCUCUGAGCGACGAGCCAAUCUCAUGCAGGCUGAGUUGGAGGAGCUUCGAAUUUCUGUCGAGCAAGCCGAGAAAGCCAGAAAACAGUCUGACGCUGAAGUUCAAGCCGCCAACGAUCGAAUUAACGAGCUUAUGAUGGAAAUCAAUGGCAUGAAUAAGGAUCGACGAGCUCUUGAAAUGGAAGUCAACGCCGCCAACGCUGCUGUUGAAGAAGCAAUCAACUCUGCUCGAAACGCUGAAUCUGCCGGCAAGCGUGCUGCUGCUGACGCUGCGAAGAUGGCUGAGCAACUUUCUCGUGAGACUACCCGAAAUGCAUCUUUGGAAGCGAAGAGAAACAAGGCCACUGGUCAGAUUUUGAACUUGGAACAGAAGAUUCGAGAUUUGGAGUCUGGUUCUCUCAAGGGUGGCAAGAAGUACGUGAUGAAACUUGAGAUGGACAUUCGCGAGCUUACUUCUGAGCUUCAAGAUCUUAUGCGAGUCCACGCGGAGGGAGUCAAGGAGGUCAAGAAAAUGGAACGCAAGGUCAAGGAAACGACUGAGCGAGAAAAGGAAGCCCGCGCGGAUGCUGCUCGAAUCAUGGAGCUGAUGGAGAAGCUCGACGAGAAGCUGAAGAAGGAAAAGUCUACUUCUGACGAAGUCCAGGAGCUCUCCAAUCUUCACAUGAGCAAAGCCCGAAAACUCCAACUUCAGCUUGACGACGCUGAAGAACGAGCAGAUAUGGCCGAGUCCGCAUACAACAAAAUGAAGGACAAGGUCAUGCACGAGAAAGAAACCCGUGGAAAAGCCAAGUAA